CCCUUCUCACUCACUCACUGCCAAACAGUUAACCACUGAACCAACGAAUGCGAAUGAUUGAUUCCCUCUGUCUUCUCUCUCUCUCUCUCUCUCUAUCUGUGCUUAAUCCAUUCUCCUUUAAUUUUGUUAAUUAAUUAAUCAAUGACUCACUGAGUCAGAGUCACUGCUGCAAAAACCAAUUCCCAGCAGGUUAGGGUUGGGUCCUUGUUCUUCUUUCCCCCAACAGUCCCCUUCCUUCCUUACCUCCCCUUCUGCUUUCCCGAAAGGAAUCUGUUCAAAUUCCUUCCCGAUAAGUUUAUCCUCGGAUCACCUCGGAAUAGUCCAGAUUCCUGCCGAUUCUUGGGCAGGAUUUUUGUCCGUCGGCUGCGUGGAGGAUGAGCGAUCAAGAGAGAGCCCAGGAUGGCCUUUCUGUGAAUAUAAUUAGGGAAUUGAAGGAGGAGGAGGAGGAGGAUUUUCGAAGUUGUUUCGAGGACGAUGAAGUGUGGAAAGAGGCGGAAGAACCGCCCAGGGAAGAGCCGAGGAAGUGUGUCCUUGAUGAUCAGUUCUCGGUGAAAUUGUUCUUUAAGGGGAUUUCGAUGAAUGAGGUCGGGGAUUCUUCGUCGGGGCUUUCUGGGAUCGGCGUGGUCAUGGAAAGAUCGGCUGAUUUUCCAGUAAUUCGGGUCCAGAAGAAGCUUGAUUUCUAUGUGGAUGAAUCUGUUGCUGACUACUUGGCUCUGAUGGAUGGUAUAGUCGAGGCUCUAGAGAACAAUAUUCGGCACGUGUACGCGUUUACCGAUUCUGAGAUUUUUCAUGAUCAGAUUAAAGAUGAAGAGAACCUCGAGACACCACUUCUUGUGGCACUCAGACAGAGGAUCCUAGAACAUGUCAGUAAUCUCAACACUUUUGUUCUCAAUGUUGUACCCAGUGUUGAUCUGGAGGGCGCACUGAGACUAGCCCAAGUGGCAAUCGGGCUGGUCUCUUCUCCAGUUAAGGGGGAUAAGUCUCGAGACAAUUGUUCUAUUUGUUGUGAGGAUAAACCAUCACCAAUGAUGAUCACAAUGAAGUGUUCCCACAAGUUCUGUUCUCAUUGCAUGAGAACGUACAUAGAUGGAAAAUUAAAAUCCUCUCAGGUCCCUAUCCGGUGCCCUCAGUUGAGAUGCAAAUAUCAAAUCUCCAAACUUGAAUGCAGAGCUUUUCUUCCACUCACUUCCUAUGAGUCUCUGGAGAGAGUACUUGCAGAAGCUAAUCUUAACUCGGAGAAAAUCUACUGUCCAUUCCCGAACUGUUCUGUCCUGCUUGAUCCUCAAGAGUGCUUGUCCGCCAGGGCAAGCUCAUCAAGCCAGUCUGACAGCAGCUGUAUCGAGUGUCCAGUAUGUCAGAGAUUUAUUUGUGUUGAGUGUGGAGUCCCUUGGCACUCUUCCUUUACCUGUGAAGAGUAUCAGAACCUGCCAAUCGAGGAAAGGGAUGCUUCUGACAUUACUUUGCACCGCCUUGCUCAAAAUAACAGAUGGAGACGUUGUCGCCAAUGUCGAAGGAUGAUUGAGCUCAUGCAAGGCUGCUAUCACAUGACUUGCUGGUGCGGUCUUGAGUUCUGCUAUUCCUGUGGUGCUGAGUACAGGGACGGGCAACAGAUUUGUCAAUGCGCCUUUUGGGAUGAGGAUGUCAACUCGGAGGACUCUUCAGUGUCGCGGUCUGCUCAGGUCUCUGAGCAGUGGGCAUGGGAGACCUUCAACUCCUUCCCGAUGAUAAUGGACGCUUACUCAGAUCAGGAGCGUUCCCAGCUCGCCCUGAUCCAACGCUUCCUUGCUGGUGGGUUCAGCCUUAGCGACCACAACACUUACCAACAGGCCUCUUCGCCCCCUCGCUGUACAGACUCAUAUGGGGAUGCCAUUAAGGACCUCCACCAGCUCCCCUGGCUCGAGAGCUUCGUGUCCGUGAUCAGCGAUGACUUUUAUGAGGAUUACAUGCAAUAAGAAAUGGCGGAACUUAAUGUUUUCCUGGAAAUCAUUUUGGGAAAAAAAAUGAAGCUUAGGAUCGGUAAAUGCUAAAGGAAUGAAUGCAAUCGUCAAACGACAGGUUGUUAGAGCCUCUCGCUCUGUCUUCUAAGCUUGUAGCUGAUUCUGUUCGGUUCGCUUUGAUAAUUGGCUGGUGUAAUUAACAUAUACGUUCAAUGUUUAGAACAUUGAGAUGACUAUGAAAAAGAAAGCAAAAAAGGAGAAAAUCAUUUAUUUUUCUCCGAGAAAUGGUAACUCAUCUUGUUUAUUUA